ACACAUAGAAGAAAAAAUCUUUGAAAAAAAAGAUAUCUCAGUCUCCAUGAGUGAAUGAGUGAAGUACUCAAGAAACUCAGAUUAUUGGUCGCGGCUUCCUUGGAUGGGGUGCCAGAGAAGGCUGGGUUCUGUGAUGGCCAUUCCUGGUUGUCAACUUGACUAUGUCUGGAACGGACUAUAAUCCUGAAAUGGAGGACACACUUGUGAUCUAGACCUUGAGGCAAGAAGACAACAUGCCUUUGAUCUUGAGGCUGGAAGGCGCAGCUUUAACCUGGCCACACCUUCUGCUGGAAGGACAACGGACAAAGGACAAAGGACGGGGGUGUGUUCAUCCUUCUCCUGCUUGCCCUGGCCUUGUCAGCCCAUACAUCCACUCUUUAUCUGGCACUGGAGCCUAACUUCUUGGGGAUUCCAGCAUGCACAGGAGACCAGCUGAGACACCCAGCCUCCUGCGACUGAGCAACUCUCGAUUCUUGGACUUUCCAUUCACAGCUAGCCAUUGUUGGACUGCAGCCUGCAAGCCAUUCCAAUAAAUUCCCCUAUGUAGAGAGAGAGAGAUUCAUUCCAUAAGUUCUGUGACUCUAGAGAACCCUGACUAAUACAGUUCCUAAAGGGGCAUUGUAGUAGGUUCUAUUUUUGUUGAAAGAUCAAGUUACAUAAAUUACAUAUGCAUGAAAAUUAUGCAUAAGAAUAUCAUCACGGGCAAGGGAAUCUCCAAAACUGCUCACUUAGAGGACUCAAUGCCUUAUUGUGCAUUCACCUGAAAGAGUCUAGUUUGGAUCAGCCCAUUGUACAGAGUUUUCAGUUGCCUAGAAGAUGCUAAGAGGAGAAAUCAAUUGCCUGGUUUAGUGCAGUCCUACGCACAAUUAGUGUUGGUCAUAGUUCCUGGAUUGCUAACAGGUUGCUAGGCCAUUUCUUUUUUUUUUCUUUUUUUCUUUUUUUCUUUUCAUUUGGAGAGAGGGAUGAAAUUUAUAGCUCUAGCCAAGUGCAGUCUCAGAUUGCUAAAAUAAUUGCUAUGUUCAAAGAGCUAAUAACACAAAAACCUUAGUCCUUUAAGAGAUCAACAGCACCUAUGUUGCCCUAAGCUUCCUCCACUGGCACUUCCCCACUCUGAUUCAAAUAACAAUUAACACUUUGUAUUUAUUUCUACACCAGUUUUUAAUGCAAGAUUUUAGGCUCUGUAGACUAAUUAUAUAUAGGUUCUCAGAUUCAGGUGACUAACAGAAAAAGGCUGUUAACUGACUAAUUGUGUCUGGAUAUUAUUAAUCACAUAAAAUAGUACACACAUUCUUUGCCUUUUCCUUAUAUCUGUCAUUGGUUUAAUUUCUUUCCUGGUAACCCUUGUAGCUAUCCCUUUAAGAGAUAGGCAGGACUUUUUACAACCUACAGCUGUUGUCAUCCACCAAUGAAGCUGACCAAGUCUUUGCCAAGUGUGACUCUUCUCAGAAUACUUGUCUCUGAGAGUUUACUUUGUAGUUUUUAUAACAAGUUGUUAAUGAAUGGAUACACACACACACACACACACACACACACACACACACAUAUUCAUGCUUGGGGGGACAAAGAAAAAAGAUGGAAAGAACUAGGGAGAAUAACGAGAGAACAGCAGAAGGGACUGAGAGGAGCUAAGCAUGAGAACAGACAAGAAUCUGUGUAGACAGAAUUUGACAUAGAAGAAUAAAGUGAAUGGACUAAAGAACUCAGUGUGCUUAGAUUCAUUUACUAGCCCUCAGAUCAAUAUCCUAGCCACUUGUAGUUUCUGUUCUGGACCCUGGUAGAAAUCUCCUUAGGGCAGGCACUUGAGGAGAAUUCGUUAGUUCUUGAAUCUAAAACAGACCUCAAACGCUCUUCUCUACUCUGCUUCACCAGAGAAGAGAAAACAGACAGUGCUGGUCCUAGAAGAAAGCGCUGAGAAUGCCCUGCCAACGCUGUGAUUUCGGCAGCGGCCAGGAGCCUUCAAGCUUUCCCUGUCCCUUUGGAGCCAGCUGGAACUAGCUGACACCCAAACUGUGUCUUUUUCUCCAGGAUCAUUUCCACACAAUUGCUACCAGUGUUAUUUUGUCUUAUUUAUUUUACCAUUUUAAUACUGUAGAGGUGAAUAUGAGGAGACAGGAGCACAGAGGUCACAGCACACAUGUGGAGGUCAAAAGACAACUUUUCAACUCUUGCCUACCUCUGAGAGUUCCUGAGAACUAACUCAGCCUUUCAGGCUUGUGUGACAAGCCCUAUAAUACUCAGAGUCAUCUGAUCUUCCAGUAAGAGUUCUUAGGGUCAAAGCCUCUGUGCUGGCAGCCCUAACAAGCCAGGCCAGGCCAACCAUCCUGUGACUCCCCAGAGAACUCCCUCCAUCACACCCAGUGAUCAGCCUCCAGAGCUCACUUCUCACCUGGCCAUACCACGCCUGUGCCUUCCAUAUACCAUAUCUUCCUAGAUACUGACAUUCCUAACACCAUCAGACAUGGACACAAGGCUUCCCUCAGAAUGUAGGUCAGCCCAGGUCACAAGCAUCUUUCCUCUAGCCCCGCCCACUGCAUCAUAGACAGGCAGAGCAGCUAAAUUGUGACUCGACACAGAGUCACAUUUUCUCCAAACCCAGGGCAACAGUGAGUGUUGACGGCAGAGGCUGGUGAACUUUGAAGGGUAUUUAUUCUCAGAGACAGAUCGUGCCAGAGAUAUCUUGUAGAGAGAUAGUGCAGGAUCGAUCAGUGACAAAGUCCUUGUUUCAGGAGCGUGAGAGGGAAAAUGAAUGGCCAAGCACUUGGCUCACACAGAAGACUGGAUACUAUUGAAAGCACCCCAAGACUGAGCAGCCCUGCAUUUUGGCCAACCACUAGGGCACAUUUUGCUUCUCAGGAAGUAAAAAACCUCCAAUUCUCCCAAUCCAAGAGUAGAAGUUUAGGUACUCCACGGGCUAGCCAAGGAGAUUCACUCCCCCUUUUCCAGAAACCAAAGAAAGGAGAACAUCACCCCCUACAAGUAUGCUCUGCAGGUGAGUGCUGGGACCCCGUCACUGAAGGCUCUUCCUUAUUGCCCAUCACAGAGAUGUUACCAAGUGGCUUUGUUAAACGUCUGGAGUUAGGGACCAGAAGAGGCACCUGUACAAAUCCAAAGGAGGCGUGGACAGAGAAAAAUCUCGAGGCAACAGCAUCAAUAGAGAACCAAGGGAAAGGGAGGCCAAUGACCUUCCCUAAUCAGGUGAAUAAUCAAGGAGAAAAACCUCAAAACUCACAAGGUCAGGGUCAUAAGGACCUGUGGAAGGACAUAAUCAUAAGAUAUGGCAUUGUAUCACCAAGGAGAGGCCUACACAUGGUGUCCCAAUAUCCCAAACAAACUGGUAAUCUUGAAGGACAUGUCCUGGAGGGAAGAAAGAUCCACCUGAAAUCAAGGCAGGGAAGGUUGUCCCCUUGUAGUUUGGAGGAGAGCCAGGAGGAAGUAGUACAGACACCGAAGAAGGAGAAGGCUAAGGGAAAGAGAGCUAAGAAAAAGGAGGCUCAGAACCAGUUCUCAAGAGAAAAGGCAUUCCUUCAGAGGAAACUGGAGGAGCUGGGCCCAAUGCCUGUGACCGGAGUUAGUCUGCUAGACAAGAGAAAGACCCAGGCCUUGGAACUGUCAGCCCAAGCCCAUCAUUUGAAGUCAGUCCCCAGAGCACACAGAGGGGAUCUACAGCCAUUGGAUCAGGAGGACAACAAUAAGGAGGCCACAAGAAAACCGCCAAAAAUGGAGAAAAGAAAGCUAAGGAUGGAGUGGUGGGAUCCCACAGUCUGGGGUGGCCCAGUCACACUGGCUGAGCGUGAACAAUCUCUUAGCAAGACCUGUCCAAAAUUCCACAGUGACCUGAGGAAGCUGAGCUUUCCCACAGGCAAACCAUAUUAUCAAAACACUGUUUUUAUUUCUCUAGAACAUUAAAGGUCUUCGUUAAGGUCCCGAGACUGUGGUUUCUGGCCAGGGCUAUAGUCUGCUGAAAUCCAAAGGUCUCCCAGACAACUCCUACAGGGCAUCCUCUCUUUCUCCUCCUGUCUCUCCUGGCUGGCCCUCCUGAGACUGUCCAUCAUCUCUCUAGGGAUUUCCUGGGACAUCACUCUGGUCUUUGGCUCUCAGUGUAAUGGCGCCUCUUUUCCUCAUUCCUUCUGGACCCUCUCUCAAAUGCCUGGUUGCGGACUCUGGUGGAUACCUCAGCAAAGGCUGCAGCAGGGCCAUGGCAGGGUGGAGCCCGGAAGACGGAGAAUUCUCAGUUGUUUACACUGUGCAUGGGUCUCUCCAUGAGCAGACUGGAGGGGCAGGCCUGCUUGGCCACUCUGAGGCCUUAGGAAACCAGACUGACGACGUGGUGCUGAUGAGUCCCCAGACCAAGAGCUGUGGCUGCUGAAGUUACUACUGCAUUCGGAGGAGGCCAGUGCCUUAAUGCCACCCAGGAGCGUGGAGUGGAUGGACACACCAGGGGCAAUACAGCACAGGUGGUGUCCUGGGCCACCUCAGGCUGAAGAAGCUCCCUGUCCUGGCUUUUAGCUUGAAGUGAUGGAGCACUUUGCAAACCCAAUGCGGUUUAAAAAAACAAACAAACAAAAAAAGCUGAGACCACCCCCAUAUGCAGUCGGGCAGGAAGCGUGCCUUAGGCAGAG